UUAAAGAUGACUCCAGACUGUCCUGUGCAGGCCGUAACAUUAACCUGACUCUUAAAUCCACAUUUGAGCACAGCCCAGUCAUCAACCUGUUUCAGGACGUGAAGACCCUGGUUACACACUUCAAACCAGCAGGUCUGACUCUGCGAGGAGGAGGAGCUCCUUUGUGUUAAAACCGAAAGUAAACAGGAGAGUAAAGGCGUAUUCUGAAGAGUUAAACUCCUUCUGUUCAGAUCUCAGAGUUGACGACCUCAGAUCAGUUCUUCAUCAUGGAGAUCAGUCAGAGAUCUUCAUCUCCAGAUCACAGCUGUGUGUCUCUGAAGAGUGAUGCAUCCAUGCCUUAUAUUCCUCCUAAAUUCAGUGCUGAUCCAGUGACCUCUGACCCCAGAGUCACCAGGAGGAAGAGGAAGAGAUCUUCAUCUCCAGAUCACAGCGGUGUGUCUCUGAAGAGUGACUGGUCCAUGGGACAGCCUCCUAAACUCAGUGCUGAACCAGUGACCUCUGACCCCAGUGCUGAACCAGUGACCUCUGACCCCAGAGACGAUCAGAUACGAGCCCAGGAUCCUCCUCAAGCAGUGAAUGAUGAACUACAGAGAGUCAAAGAGCAGCACAAAACCAGCAUGAAGAACAAGUAUGAGAGAUUAUUUGAGGGACUGAAACUCCAGGAGAAUGAAAGCCUCCUGAACAGCAUCUACACACAGCUCUACAUCAUAGAGGGAGAGAGAGAAGGAGUGAAUGAAGAACAUGAGGUUUUACAGAUGGAGAAAACAGCCAGAACACAACACUCACAAGACACUCCAAUCUACUGCAAUCACAUCUUUAAAGCCUCCGCUGAAGCAGGAUGUGAGGAGAAAGAGCAGAUCAAGACUGUUCUUACUAAAGGCAUCGCUGGAAUCGGAAAAACCGUCUCUGUGCAGAAGUUCAUUCUGGACUGGGCCGAGGGAAAAGCCAAUCAGGAUGUAGAUUUCAUGUUUGUGCUUCCAUUUCGAGAGCUGAACUUGAUCCGAGAUCAUCAGUACAGUCUUCACAGACUUCUGCUGGACUUUCAUCCUGAACUUCAAGAUCUGGACUCACAGAUUUAUGAGGAGUGUAAAGUUGUGCUCAUCUUUGAUGGUCUGGAUGAAAGCAGAAUCACACUGAUGUUUUCAGACGCUCAGAAAGUUUGUGAUGUGACUGAGACUUCAUCAGUGGCUGUGUUGAUGUCAAAGCUGAUGAAAGGAGAGCUGCUUCCCUCUGCUCUCAUCUGGAUCACCUCCAGACCAGCAGCAGCCAAUCAGAUCCCCUCCAAAUACAUCCACCGUCUGACAGAAAUUCAGGGAUUCACUGAGCCUCAGAAGGAGGAAUAUUUCAGGAAGAGAAUCAGUGAUGAGCAUCAAGCCAGCAGAAUCAUCUCACACAUCAGAAGAGCAAGAAGCCUCCACAUCAUGUGCCACAUCCCCGUCUUCUGCUGGAUCUCAUCCACUGUGCUUCAGAAGCUCCUGGAAGAAGAUCUGAGUGCAGAAAUCCCUCAAACUCUGACUGAAAUGUACAUCCACUUCCUGCUGAUUCAGAUCAACAUGAGGAAGCAGAAGUAUGAAGAGAGAGAUCCAGAGAAACUCCUGCCGUCCAACAGAGAAGUGAUUGUGAAACUUGCUGAAGUGGCUUUCAAACAGCUGAUGAAGGGCAAUGUGAUGUUCUAUGAGGAGGACCUGAUUGAGAGCAGCAUAGACGUCACUGACGCCUCGGUGUAUUCUGGGAUUUGCACUGAGAUCUUUAAGCAGGAAUCUGUGAUUCAUCAGAGGAAAGUCUACAGCUUCAUUCAUCUGAGCGUUCAGGAGUUCCUCGCUGCUUUCUAUCAGCUUUACUGCUGUUUAACAAAGAACAAGAAAACACUGCGUGAAUUCAGAUCUUACCGAUUUAAUAAAGACUCUCUGUAUGAUCUACUAAGAUCAGCAGUAAAUAAAUCUCUCAAGAGUGAAAAUGGACGUCUGGAUCUGUUCCUGCGGUUCCUGCUGGGCGUCUCACUGGAGUCCAAUCAGAGACUCUUACAGGAUCUACUGACACACACAGAGAACAGCUCAGAGAGCAUCAGCAGAACCACAUGGUACAUUAAAGAUGAGAUCAAAGAGGAAGAUGAUCUCUCAGCUGAUCAGUCGAUCAAUCUGUUCCUCUGUCUGCUGGAAGUGAAAGAUCAGACUCUGUUCAGAGAGAUUCAGGAGUUUGUGAAAUCAGACAAACACUCAGAGGAGAAACUCUCUGCUGCUCACUGCUCAACAAUCUCCUACAUGCUUCAGAUGUCAGAGGAGACACUGGAUGAACUGAACCUCAUGAAAUACAACACAUCAGCUGAGGGGAGAAGAAGACUGAUACCAGCUGUGAUCAACUGCAGAAAAGCUCUGUGA